AUGUCUGCAGAAUCGGCCCAACUGGCCCAAGUGCUGGAACAAACUAUUUUGAGUCCCGACGCCUCUGUGCGUCUACAAUGCGAAACACAACUGAAGAAAUUGUCCAACGAGAAUUUCCUGCAGUAUGUUGGUCUUUUGGCUCAGGUGCUCGCGGACGGCAACUGUCGUCUUGAAGCGCGUAUUUUGGCUGCGCUUACGUUGAAAAACGAGCUUGUGAGUAAAGACUCGGUGAAAACCCAGCAACUGGCGCAGAGAUGGAUAUCGCAAGUCGACGACUCGUCGCGUGCGGCAGUGCGCGAGUAUGCACUGGUAGCGCUAAUGGCUCCCGAACCCCGUGUAGCCAACGCCUCUGCGCAACUUAUCGCCGCCAUUGCCACCAUAGAAUUGCCUCGCAAUCACUGGCCAGAUCUCAUGAAGAUUAUGGUUGACAACACCGCCACUCAACAGCCUGAAAACGUCAAAAGAGCCUCGUUGCUGGCCUUGGGUUACAUCUGUGAAGCUGCAGACCCAGGUUCUGAAACUUUGGCUGCUCAAUCGAAUAACAUUCUGAUUGCCAUUGUUCAGGGCGCCCAGGCAAGCGAGCCGUCGAGAGCUGUAAGGCUGACGGCCCUUAAUGCGCUUGCCGAUUCUCUUGCAUUCAUCAAAAACAAUAUGGAAAGGGAAGGGGAACGCAACUAUCUUAUGCAAGUUGUCUGCGAAGCCACCCAAACCGUUGAUGACUCUGAAAUUCAGGCUGCUGCUUUUGGGUGCUUGUGCAAAAUUAUGUCGCUGUACUAUUUUCUCAUGAAACCGUACAUGGAGCAAGCACUUUACGCCUUAACCGUUUCCACCAUGCAGUCACAGGACGAAAAAGUGGCAUCCAUGGCUGUUGAGUUUUGGUCCACUAUAUGCGAAGAAGAGAUUGAUAUUGCUUACGAAUUGGCUCAAUUCCCACAAUCUCCGUUGCAAAGUUUCAAUUUUGCGCUUACUUCCAUUCAAGAAGUUGUCCCCAAUUUGCUAAAUCUCCUUUCAACACAGAACGAAGAUGCGGAGGAUGAUGAUUGGAACGUCGCCAUGUCUGCCGGUGCUUGUUUGCAAUUAUUUGCUCAGAACUGUGGUAACUACGUUGUAGAUCCUGUGCUGCGAUAUGUGGAACUCAACAUCACGAGCGAAAACUGGAGAAACCGUGAAGCCGCUGUGAUGGCAUUCGGUUCGAUCUUGGAUGGCCCUGAUAAAGUUCAACUCACGAAUCUGAUUCAUCAGGCCCUUCCACCUAUUUUACAGUUGAUCAAGGACCCAUCUUUACAAGUCAAAGAGACGGUAGCCUGGUGUAUCGGUAGAAUUGCCGAUUUAGUCAUCGGUGCUAUUGACCCACAAACUCAUCUACCAGACGUGAUACAAGCUUGUUUGCAAGGUUUAGAAGACCAUCCAAAAGUUGCCACCAACUGUGCAUGGACGAUUAUAAAUUUGGUUGAACAGAUGGCUGACAUUCAAGGCUCUCCUAUUUACAACUAUUACCCAAUAUUAGUGGAAGCGUUAAUGAAAGCCGCCAAUCGUACUGAUAACGAAAAUAGUGCUCGCGCGUCGGCAUUUUCUGCCCUGACCACAUUGGUUGAGUUUUCAACUGAUCAAGUUGCAGAAUCCGCUAUUUCAAUUUCGUCCUUUAUUUUAGACAAGUUGGGACAAACUAUGACAGUUGAUGAGACCCAAUUGACCACUGACGCCAAACAGAAUUUGGAGGAACUACAAUCCAGCGUCCUAAGUGUUUUGUCAGCUGUGAUACGUAAGAAUCCUGCUUCUGUCACAUCCGUUUCGGACAUGCUGAUGGACCUUUUCAUCAAACUACUCGACAAGAAAGAUGCUUCUUAUGUGGAGGACGAUGUUUUUUACGCCAUCUCUUCGCUAGCGGCGGCUUUGGGCAAAAACUUUCAGAAGUACUUGGAAACCUUUUCGCCAUAUCUCGUCAAUGCCUUGAACCAAGUCCAGUCUCAAGUCUCCAUUACUGCAGUAGGUUUAAUUGCAGACAUUUCCAAUUGUUUGGAGGACGAGUUCAAGCAAUUUGCGCCUGCGUUCAUGAAUGUUUUGGGUCAAAUGAUAUCCACCAACAAUGCUAAAAAGGAGCUCAAACCAGCGGUGUUAUCUGUUUUUGGGGACAUCGCCUCCAACAUUGGGCCCGAUUUCAUUCCAUACUUGAACCAAGUUAUGGCUCUUUGCGUUGCUGCUCAAAACACAAGGCCUGAAAACGCAUCGUUGGAGGCUCUAGAAUACAACGUCAAGAUUCAUGAAUCUGUACUCGACGCCUACGUUGGGACGGUGGCAGGUCUUCACUCUAACCCGGAUGCAUUAUUUCCAUACAUUGGGACUUUGUUUCAGUUCAUGAGUCAGAUUGCCGAUAACCCAACGCUCAACAGCGAGGACACCACAGCCAGAGCGGCUGUCGGAAUAAUCGGUGAUGUGGCCGCUAUGUUCCCCGACGGCAGGAUCAAGCAGUUCUACUCUCAAGAUUGGGUUACAGAGUUUAUCAAGAAGACCAGAAGCAAUCCUGCGUUCAGCCAAUCCACCAAGGACACCGCCAGAUGGGCCAGAGAACAGCAAAAAUUCCAAGUGGGACUAAGGUAA